CCCCCCCCCCCCCCCCGCAUAGCUGCUUAACCUCUCUGAUUAAUUUCCGAUUGGGGGGAUAGCAGCCGGUUGUGCCUUUUGUUUGCAUGUUGGUUGGGCUGGAUGAUUGAUUGGGGUUUUGAGGGGAGAAAACGAGGAGGGAAGUUUAGAGUAUCAUAGGGCAGCACCGCGGAUGCUACCGAUGCUUCUAAGGAAAUUUUCUGGAACGGCUGAAAAGUUUGCUCUGUUGGUCCAAAGCUGUGCAGAUGUCCGGUCUUUGAAGAAGCUGCAUGCUAGUGUUUUGGCACACGGACUUGGCUCGGAUGUGAUCCUUGGUUCUAAGAUUCUCGGCUGGUAUGCGCGUUUAGGCACCCUGCCAGAUUCAAGGCUUGUUUUUCAGAACAUUGUAACUGAUGAUCUUGCCCUGUGGAGUUCUGCUAUGGUUGAUUAUUUCAGGGCUGGUUAUUUGGAGGAAGUUAUUUUUCUGUAUAAGAGAUUAAAGUUGCAUCAGAUUGGUUUGGACGGGAAAACCAUCACCUUCGGUUUGAAAAGCUGCGCUCAGCUCGGCGAUUUGUUUCUGGGUGAAGGAUUGCAUGUCGAUUCGCUGAAGCUUGGCCUGAGUGGGGAUAAAUUUGUCGGUUCCUCCCUCGUUGGGUUAUACUCCAAGCAUGGCAAGAUGAUUGAUGCAGGGAAAGUGUUUGAAGAGAUAUCUGACAAGGAUAUUGUUGCUUACACGUCGAUGAUCUCUGGUUAUUCUGAUGUCGUGGAUUCGACUGCGUGGAAUGCAUUCAAAAUUGCCGGUGAUAUGGUAAAGAAUAACUUGGAAGUAAACCGUGUGACACUGGUAAGCUUGCUGCAAGUUGCUGGUAAUCUGGGAGCAUUCAGAGAGGGUAAAUCAGUGCACUGCUAUUCCAUAAGGAGAGCAAUUGGUGUCUCGGAUGAAGUCCUAGAGACCAGCCUUGUUGACAUGUAUGCUCGAUGUGGAGCAUAUCAGUUAGCAUCUGCUCUCUUAAAGAAUUCAAAGGGAACCACGGCUUCAUGGAACGCGGUGCUUUCUCGUCUUACUAGAACUCGAGAGAGUUGGGAUGCAAUCCAGUAUUUCUCUGUCAUGCUGCAUGAGCAUAAAGUAACUCCAGAUUCAAGGACCUUUGCAAAUGUCCUUUCUGCUUGUGCUGAGCUAUGCUAUUCUGGCUAUGCUGCCAGUAUCCAUGCCUACUUGAUGAGAAGAACUAUACUGCUUGAUGUCGUCUUGUCCACUUCUCUUAUCGAGGUGUACUCCAAAUGCAAAAGAGUUGUAAGAUCCAGGCAUCUCUUUGAUCAACUGACAGUUAAAGAUGCAAUCUCCUAUAAUGCGAUGAUACAUGGUUAUCUCCAAAAUGGCAUGGCAGAUGAGGCCACCACAUUACUCAGUUGCAUGAUGAUAGAGUGUAUUGCACCAAAUUCUACAACUGUUCUUUGUCUUCUUGCAGCUUUUGCUGAUCAAAGAGAUUUAGUGAGAGGGAGGUGGAUUCAUGGAUUUGCAAUUAGGCAUGGCUUUUCUGCAGAUCUGGACAUUGCAAAUCAAAUUAUACAUAUGUAUUCAGUUUGUAGAGAAAUUGUUGCAGCACAGAUUGUAUUUGACUCAUUGGAAACGAAAAAUUUGGUUUCAUGGACAGCCAUAAUGAAGGGGUGCUUAUCUUCUGGGCAUGGGGAUGAGGUGGUUAGAUUACAUCAAUUAAUGCAGCAACAUGGGGAGAAGCCUGAUUCCAUCACUCUUAUAUAUGCAGUACAGGCUGUUUCUGAGCUUGGACAUCUGAAGAGUGUAAAACAAAUUCAUUGUUUUGUUUACCAUGCCUUUAUGGAGGAAGACACGAUUACCACAAAUUCUUUGAUAACUGCAUAUGCUAAAUGUGGAAGGUUGGAUUUGUCAGAAGCUUUGUUCUAUAGUUUGGAACACAAAGACCUGGAUUCAUGGAAUACAAUGAUCAGUGCUUAUGGGAAUCAUGGAUUUUAUAUUAAGGUGCUUCAAAUGUUUAAGCAAAUGGAAGAGGAAAGUAUUAAGCCUGAUGAGUUAACAUUCUCUUCCGUGCUUUCUGCCUGCAGUCAUGCCGGUCUUGUUAAGGAGGGUUGGUCUAUUUUUCAGUCAAUGACUUUGCUGUAUUCAGUUCAUCCACAGGAAGAGCAUUAUGGUUGCAUAGUCGACUUAUUGGGUCGGGCAGGGCAUUUAGAAGAAGGAUACAAGUUUAUAAAGCUCUCAAACUUAACAGAUAAAUCCAGUAUGUUUCGUGCUUUGCUCUCUGCUUGCAGAACUUAUGGAAAUACACUGCUUGCACAUAUUAUUGGCAAAGAGCUCCUUGAGCUCGGACCACAGAACCCAGGUACUUGUGCUUUGAUUUCAGAAGUGUAUGCUCAGGAAGGACAGUGGAAUGAAUCUGCUAAUUUAAGGGCUAGCGCUAAACAAAGUGGUUUAAAGAAACUUCCUGGUUCUAGUUUGAUGGAAUCAGUAUAGCAGGCCAUCAACCUGGGCUGAAGAAAAGUGCAUCAGGAUUGCCAACUUCUCGGACAUCUUCGCCGAGCCAAAGGGGCUGCUGCUGGCACGUGCCCAUGACCACUGCAUUUGCUUGGUUGUUGGUGCCCGGUGCCACUCCCGUAGCUGUCCGCCCAUACCGCUACUCCGCUACCCAGAAAGAUGGGAUCGAGAGGCAGUGCACAGACAUGCUGGAAAGUGGCCUGAUUCGCCGCAGCACCUCCGAGUUUUCAUCACCAGUGCUCCGUCCGGAAGAGCGACGGCUCCUGGCGUUUCUACGUCAACUACCGCGCCCUGACCGCCAACACCUUCAAGAUAUAUAUCAUGACGGAUUUAAUAAACUAUUUUAGAGUUGUAGAUGUUGGUUGAUUUUUCUAUGAACUUGGUCAAAUUUUAAGAAAUUUGACUUUAAGACGAAGCUAGAACAUCUUAUAAUUUGGAACAGAGGGAGUGCAUACAUAAUCUUUGUUUCCAAAAACUAGUGUCGUAUAUCUUGUCAGAGGUCCUAUCGAGCUUUAUGAUGGUGUCUUUGUUUUUAUUUAG